AUGGAUGAAAGUGAUGAGAAAGUAUAUGAAGUUGAAAAGAAACAAGGAAAAGCAAGGCCAACCAUCAAUUUUCCUCCCCCAUUUCCUCAACGGUUACAUAAAAAGGAAGAGAGUGACAAAUUGAGUAAAUUUAUGACAAAUCUUAGCAAUCUUUCAAUAAAUAUCCCACUAUUUGAGGUGAUUCAAGAGAUUUUGGGAUACACUAAGUUAAUGAAGAAGUUAAUGUCCAAAAACAAGCUUGUUGUGGGUGAUACCACUGAGGUUAUUCUUGGGUGUAGUGCUAUCAUGGAUGCCAAAGUCCCAGAAAAGAAAGACGAACCCAGAGUAUUCACUAUUCUUUUCACCAUUGGGACUCAUGUGUUUGCAAAAGCUCAUUGUAACCUUGGUGCAAGCAUCAACCUAAUUCCCUUUGUCAUCUAUAAGACUAUUGGUUUCGACACUUUUACACUAACCUCAAUGCGACUUUUGAUAGCGGACUGGUCCAUAAAAAGACUGGUGGGUAGAUUGUUUGAUGUCCUUAUGAAGGUGGAAAAAUUUAUUUUCUCUAUAGAUUUCGUAGUAUUGGAUUGUAAGAUGGACAAAGAGUGUCCUAUCAUUCUUGGUCGUCCUUUCUUGGACACUAGGAGAGCAAUUGUUGAUCUAGAACUUAGGGAGAUGAAAUUUUGA